AUGAAAGCUACACAUAAAGGCCAGUAUAUGAAAGUAAACCCCCGGGUGUUUGACACCAAUGACAAUGCAUCACCAACAAAACAAUCAUGCUACAAGCAGAGGCCAGGCCGCGGCAGGAUUAGCUCAGUCGGUAGAGCGCUUAACUGCAAGCCCCCGGGUUGUUUGACCAAUACUUAGGGUCUUAAAAUAAUGAGAAAAGGUAUUUUCCUUUGCCCUGCGGGCGGCUGGACCUUCGCGUGGCUCGGAUGACCACGUAAAAUGGCGGUCCCGUCUGCAUUAGGAGACGUUAAAAUGAGGGCCACAAGUUUAUUAGCCUUUGGCUAUUAAGUGCUACCCUCUUUAAAUAAAGGCUAUUUAUUUAUUUUUUUUUUUUCAGGCUCUCUUCCUUUGUACUGCCGAAAGCCAAAAGCCACGGUGACACUGCACGAUCAAGAAAGAGCUCCUUUGUUGCAGUGGUUGGAUUCUGUGACACAACAAAAUGAAGGCAAAAGAGUUGAAAGGGCGAAAGGCAAAGAACCAGGUGUGUCUAUUGAGCAAUCAUCCGAAGCCAGUGAGAAAAGUGUGGUGGUAGUUAGUCAUAGAGUAACCAAAGACGGCAUGGAGUACCUAGUGAAGGGCACACAAGAGCCUGACAGUGCCGGAAUGUGGAUCCCAAGAGAGAAUGUCGAUCUCACUCUUGUAGCGGCAUACACAAGACGGCAGAGGGCUUCUCGUUGCUCAACGUAGUCAACGGAACACUUCAGGCUUCUUUUACUCGUGCACGUACGUUAGCACAACUAAUACCUUAUUAUAGGAGAUUAACGAUGCAUGUUAUGCAACGAAAAUACGGUCAUUUUAAAGAUGUUUUGUUUCUUUGUUAAUUAAAAUUGAAGUGUUUUACUGUAAAGACGCUAUUCGUGGUUAAAAUAAUUCUAAACAUGCAAAACGUGUAAUAAUUAAGAUUGCACAAGUAGUAAAAAACGGCAAAUCUUAGAAUAUAUGCCGGGAAAUCUAAUAAUUUCCGGGAAUGUAUCCCAAAAAUUCGGGAGGAUGAUCUAAAUUUCCGGGACGACUUAAGCUAACAGCGUUUGUUAGAGUUGUCACCCCCCGUACCUUUUUACCAACAUUGAGGGCAGAAAACAUGAUACAUCUGUUGCUUCUAGCCUCAUAAAACAUUUGGAGCAAUUUGAGUUUUUACAAAAUAAAUGACUUGAUUUUUUCAUUUCAUGGGUACUUAAAAAAAUAGUAACUUAGGAAACAUAAACUCUUAUGGAUUAACUUUACAGUGGAUUAGAAAAUCCCUCUCUCUCAGAUAUAAAACUAUGAGGUGGUCUGGGGGAGGAAACCCUGCAAUGGAGUAUGAGUUGAUAUGAGGUAGCCAAUGGCUUCCACAUACAUGGAAACCCCAUGUUAUAACAGUUGCGCACCUGUCAAACCCCCCUGUGUUAAAUAGCAUGAUUAAUUCCUGCAAAUAAUACUGAAUUAGGAAAUGUCUCUGUGACAAUGUAUACUCCUACUUAAUUUUUGUCUUGUAUUUCAUUGUGAGAUGAUCAAAAGGUUGACACUGUGUUAUCACCAGGAAAUGAAUAAAAAUAUGACUGAUGGCAAAAAAAGCAAAUGACUGCGGCUGCAAUAAUUUAUUUAUUUCUUCUUAGA